AUGUAUGUCGGUGACACUGAUCCUUCUGAAUGGAUCCAAAAGUUCGAAGCAGCGAUGACCCGCCAUGGCGAGACUGAUCUCCUCAUGUGCAGGACUUUCCCUACGCUUCUGGGAGGGAGAGCGUUGACAUGGUACACCACUUUGCCGACUAGUAGUAUUGCGUCCAGGGAUGACUUGGCAGGCAAGUUUCAAACUCAUUUCGCAACCAGUCGCCCAGUGCCUAAAUCUGUCCACUCUCUUGAAAAGAUUCGCCAACAAUCAGGGGAUUCCCUUAGAUCCUUUUUGGACCGCUUUGAUAAAGAGGCUCUGCAGGUACAAGGUCUGGACCCUAAGGUGCAAGUGCAUAUACUCCUGUUGGGCUCGCGACAAGGAGCGUUCGCCUACGAGCUUGCUCGCCAUGAAAUUACCGACCUUGAAGAGGUCAAGAAAAAUGCUCAAGAGUUUAUGCGGAUCGAAGAGUACAUGGGAAGCCGAGUCGACGACACCCACAACCAAGAGAAAAGAGCCAGUAAAAGUAAGGACCACGUGGAAGAAGGAAGGAAUGGUCACAAACCCUCUAAAUAUGUCAGUCGCCUUUUGGGGCGUGACACCUCAGGACGCCAAUCGCACAGCGUCCUGCAAACUGAAUACAAAGAAGAGCGCCAGAGUAACCCACGACACCAACAACCAACCAGAGAAAGCACCGUAUACUGCAAAUUUCACCGCAGCAACAGCCAUAGUAUUGAAGAAUGCAGACACCUCAAAGAUGAGAUUGAUGAGCUUAUUAAAGGCGGGGCUCAAAGACGGGCGAGUGACGGGGCUCAUACUGUCAGUUCUGGCAGACGACACCGCGAGCGUAGCAAGUCACCGGAAAGAAAAAGAACUAACCAUUCAGGUUAUCGACCCCGCCAUGAACGUGACCGAAGAGAAGAAUCUCCAAGAGACCGCAGAGUGCAAGCUAACCCAAGCAAUAGAGGAAGACGAGAGGAAGAUGAAGAAGACUCCGCUGUCAUCAAGCACAGAGUGAUAAGCAUUAUCUCAGACGGACUGAGCGGAGGCAGUGAAACAGCUAACGCCAGGAAGAAACAUUUGAAACAAUGUUUGGCGGUAGCUGGAAAAGUCAUCAGCAAAGUGAAAGUUGAUUCGGGUCUAGCCAAGCCUAAAAUCGUGUGGGACUACAACGAUUUAGGCGACGUCCUUCCCGAACAUGAUGACCCCAUUGUCAUUCAAGCAAUAAUAGCCAAUUUUGGCGUUAAUCGCGUGUUUGUUGAUCACGGCAGUUCUGCUGACACUUUGUUUUUACCAUGUUUCAGGGCGUUAGGGUUUACAGUCAAUGACUUAACCCAAGUUGCAGGUGGACUCUCAGAUUUCAAUGCAACAGUCACUAAGCUGCUCGAAAUGAUAAACCUGCGUUUAUCGAUGGGAACGCCACCCGCUUCAAGGUCAACUGACAUCCAAUUCCUGGUGCUUGACACCCCAUCAGCAUACAACGCAAUUCUUGGCAGAAGAAUGUUCCCCGCAUUCGAGGCGAGCGUAUCACACCCGCACCUGGCGAUGAAGUUUGUAGCCAGGGAUAACAAAGUCGCAACGGUGAAGGGACCCCAAACGAAAAAGAGAAAGUUUGGCCCCGAUCGCCAGAAGGUCAUUGAUGAGGAAGUCAAAAGACUCCAUGACGCCGACUUCAUUAGGGAGAUCAAGUACACCACUUGGUUGUCCAACCCGGUAUUGGUAAAAAAGCCAAAUGGAGCUUGGAGGAUGUGUGUCGACUACACUGACCUGAACAACGUAUGUCCUACGGAUGCUUAUCCUUUUCCCAGCAUCGACCAAUUGGUUGAUAACAUAUCUGGUUUCAAAAUGCUAUCAUUCAUGGAUGCCUACUCUGGUUACAUUCAAAUCCCACUGCUCCAGGAGGACCAAGAUAAAACGACGUUCAUCACCCAGAACGCCAAUUAUUGUUAUACCAUGAUGCCCUUCGGAUUGAAGAUUGCCGGUGUAUAUAUCAGCGAAUGA